UGUAGUUUCGGUGAAGGCAGCGCCUCACGCGAGUGAUAAGAGCGUGUUCGUGCCUGCCAGCCACCACACCAUCGCUCCCAUUCCGCUUCCAUCGCUACCUCUCUCUUGUGUCACCCACCUGACAUCGCCGCCGGCUCUCGGUGAGCAGUGCACUGAAUGCAUGCAGCCAGGAGGGCCGCAGAGAGGCAGGAAUAACAUCAGGGUGCAUGCCUGAUGGGCCAGGGGUCAAUUCUGAGCGGUUCAUGAGGUGUCGUGUCUUACUCUGAGUCCCACUGUGGCAUUGUGGUGCUGUGUGUAUGGCGCAGGUGCCGGUUUGGUUCUAGAGUUCACUGCUGAAGUUGGUUGACCGACCAUGUCUGGGAUGAACCGUCGGCAGUACGCGAACCAGCCGGAGGAUGAGCCCCGGACACGCCAGUCCGGUGACCCAUGCAACACCUGACCACAGACCACACCACACAAGGCCAUUUCAUUGCUGUGUAUCGUCUCCCUCUGUGUGUGUUGUGGCAUUCAUUGUGCAGCCAUGAUGUCGCCCCGUCGCAGCCGGGCGGCCCGAGCGGCUGCGCGCAGUGCGCAGCGCAGCCCAUCCGGCGCUCCGCGCCCCUCCCGCCCGUCGAUCCGGGCCCAAGCGGACCCGAUGGACGUGGCGGACAUGGGGUUCCAGACGCCGCCUCUCACGCCGACACGUCAUGGGGGCGGCCAGCCUCAGCUUGAGGCGGGCGACGAGGUCCAGGAGCCCGAGUACAACGAGGAGCUCGACCGCACAGACGGUAGGGGAGGGAGGGAGGCACAAAUGGGCAUAUGAGACGGGGAGGGAGUUGGGUGAGUGACCAGUGGAUGUGCUGGUGUGAUGUUGUGAUGUUGUGUGUUGUGUUCAGGUCCGUUGAAGGUAGAGUUGCGUAUGGAGUACAAGGCGCUGCCCCAGAACCGACAGAUGGAGGUCUUCGCCGUGGUCAAACUCAAGCAGCCCAACAAAGACCAGGACAAGAAGAAAUCCGCCGGCAAAAAGGUAGGUAACCACACACACACACACCCUCUCACCCACACACACCCCCUCGUGUGUGUCGGUCCUUCAGCGUUCCAUUGAGGACGGUCCUGUCCCUGCGGCGGCUGCAGCUGCUGCCACAGGCACGAACAACUCGACCACUGACGAGGAGCUGCCUGAGGAGGAGGGUGGCAUCGAGGGUGUGGCGAUGGAUUUGGUGUGCGUGCUGGACAUCAGCGGCUCCAUGUAUGGGCCCAAGUUGGACAGCGUCCGCGAGAUCAUGAAGUACAUCAUCCAACAUGAUAUGAAGGACACUGACCGGUGGGAGGGAUAAGAGAGCCAGGAAGAAUACCUUAUCUUAUCCCCCCCCCCUCUCUCUCUCUCUCUGUGUGUGUGUGUGUGUGUGUGUCAGUUUGGGCAUAGUGAUGUUCGACUCGUUCGCCGAGGUGCUGCUGCCGCUCAAGAAGAUGACACCGGAGAACAAGUCGGCGGCCAUGGUCAAGGGUAUGCAAUCAACGCACACACACAUGGACACCCACACGCACAUAAAAUGGAUGGAUGGAUGGAUGGAUGGAUGGCUGGAUGUGUGUCAGUGAUGCGUUUGGCGUCUCGCGGCGGCACGAACAUCUACAGCGGUGUGGACUUGGCCGUGAGCAUGUUGGAGCAGCGCAGCACCAAGAACUUCGUCUCGUCCAUCUUCAUGCUCACAGACGGCCAGGUACGUACGCCACAUGACCACACCACCACCACACACACGCAUGCCCCCACUCAUCCACUGACCUGUGUGUGUGUAUGGUUGUGUGUGUCAAUGACGUGUGUGCAGGACCACACGUCGCCCCAGCAGGUGCAGUCGUUGUCGCGCCGUUCGAUGAUGAUGGGCACCUCAUUCUACCCAUUCGGUCUGGGCAGAGGGUUGAGCAACGAACGCACCAGCAGCACACACACAUGCAUGCACACGCACUCAUGUGUAUUGUGUUGUCUGUCCGUCUGUGUGUGUGUGUGUGUGUGCGUUAGGCAUCGGUUCUGACCACAACCAGAACAUCAUGUCCAUCUUCGCGGAAGGCCACAGCACCACAUACACCACCAUAGAUGUGUGUACCUACCACAUCACAUGGACCUCACUAUGUGGCACACAACAGACAGACAGACAGACGAUAGCGCCAAGGACACAGCACAGCACAGGGCACACACGUGUGUGUGUGUGUGUGUGUGUGUGUUCCGUCAGAACGUCGAUAACUUAUCGGAGCAGCUCGUAGCGCCGUUCCACAAUGUGGUAUGCCAUGCUGCCAACACACACGUGGCACACACGACACACAGACAGGAAAAUGGCCUUUCUCUCUCUCUCUCUCUGUGUGUGUGUGUGUGUGUGUGUGUGUUGGGUGCGUGUGUGCAGCGUGGGACGACUCUGAAGGACAUCGAACUCAAGUUGAAGGCGAGAAUGACACCCACACACACUCCACACACAGACACAGACACAGACACAAAGACCUGGUGGACUCGUGUGUGUGUUUUUGUGUGUGUGUGUGUGGUUAUCCAUCGGUUCGUCCAGGCGACUGAUAGGGACAACACGUUGAUCAAGAGUUUGCACAUCGACUACCCCAACGAGAUCAGCAGGGACAAGAAAAGCGCCACCAUCACCAUACCGGACCUCCUCAAAGGUAGGAGGGAGGGGGCACAGCACAGCCCACCAAACCACACACACCUUCUCCCCCUCUCUCUCUGUCUCUCUCUCUCUCUUUGUUCUCAUCAGCUGAGGAUCGCAACCUUCUGAUCGAGUUGGAGGUGCCUGAGGUCUCCUUCUCGACUGACAAGGUCAGCCACCCAUCCACCCACCCACCCCUCCGUCUGCAUCUCUCUCUCUCCCCCAUGUACGUAUUGUAUGUGUCUAUGCAGAGCACCCGCAUCUUGUCGGUGAGCGGCAACUACCGCGACAUGGAGGCCCUGGUGCGUCGGCGUUUCAUCCCCAAGCACCUCUCACUUACCCGAAUCGUCGAGGCGGAGCCGGACGCUGAGGAUGACGAGGGGGAGGGAGAGGGGGAGGGGGAGAAGGGCAAGCCCAAGAAGCCCGCCGAUGAAGAGGUGGGUCCCUUUGGGGGUGCAGGGAUGGAUGGAUGGAUUGAUUGACACCUGCGUAUGGGUGUGUUGGUGUGUUGGUGUGUGGUGUGUGUGUGUGCAGGUUGUUCGUGAGCGUCAGAAGCGCGAGGUCCGUAACGUGUUCCAGCAGUUGGCCACCGAGAGUAAGGCAAAUCCACCGACCCAUCCACCCACCAUGCUCUCAUCGUCUAUGUCUGUCUGUCUGUCUGUGUGUGUGUGUGUGUGGAUUGGUGGAUGUGUGUGUUGAUUAAUUAGUGGACGGGAUGCCCAGCGCCAAUCGCAUCGAUGCGUUGGUGGACUCGUCGGUCAACCGCAUCCACGCCCUCUCCAUGACCAGCCCCAGCCCCGCCAUCAAGCGCGUCACACAGCAGAUGCAGGAGCAGCUCAGGCAGACCCAGGAGCAGAGCCGUCGGGCCAUCAACAACGUACGCACCACAGACACAGGGAGAGAGGGGGGGAAUGAGAGGAGACCGAGCCGCUUACUGCUGAAGUGUUUGUUCCUCAUCUGUGUCUGUGCGUGUGUGUGUGCGCGUGUGUGCAGCGGCAGUCUCGGCAGUACAGCCAGCAUCUGACUUCGGUUACUUCCGCACUGCGCACCUCUCGGUAGACAUGACGUCACAACACCACACCACACCCACCACACACAAGAUAGAUAGAUAUCCCCCUUUCAUUUCCCUCUCUCUCUGUCUGUCUGUCUGUUUGUCUGUCUGUGCAUUUCGUUGGUCGUCUGUCUCAUAUAUCGUGCGUGUGUUUAGGCCGACGUCGUCUCGUCAGGAGUUGGCCAGUGUGGGGCUGUGCAUGUCGCCUCAGUCCAUCCGCGGCAUCAACAGGUACUCGCGCCUCAGCGGCGGCCCCGUCAGCACACCCAACUUCAACAGGGGCACUGGUGGUGCGCCGGCCUCCAGUGCCGCUGCUGCUGCCGCUGCUGGUGGGUCUGGUGCUGGGGCGUCAUCGGCCGCUGCCGCAGCGGCUGAUGCGGCCCUGAUGCCGCCCCCACCUGUGCCUGAGGACAUGCACAAGAGCAAGAAGCCGCGCCGGGAGUGAUCAACAGAUAGAGAUAGAGACAGGGGGUGUGUGGGCGUGGGGAGAGUUGGUUGAUGGAUGGAUGGAUGCAUGUGUGUGUGUGAGAGUGUGUGUAUUUUUUUCAAGUGGAUAAGAGACGAGGCAGCGGGUGAGGUCGGCUGCAUACGACAUCCACCCCACCCCACCCGCCACAGACACACACACACAAGUCGGGGCAACCCACUCGCCAGCCAGAAGGAGAGAUGAUAGAGACGCUGGCUUGGCCCCUCUUUUUUCGACUGCCUGUCCGCCUCUGUGUGUGUGUGUGUGUGUGUGCCCGUUGAUGGCCUGCCUGCCUGUCUGUCUGCCUACCUGUUGUGUGUGUGUUCGCCUGACUGCGUACGUCCGUGCGCGGGUAUCACGCCUCCCGGGUGACAGAUACGAUAGAGGGAGCCUGACAGAUGGAUGGAUGGAUGGAGGAUGGUGAACAGAGGAAGAUAGUGUCGGAGAAUGGGCAGGAGGGAGGGAGGAAGAGAUGCAUGUCUGUCUGCCUGCCUGAGUGCGUCUGGAUGGAUGGCCGCGGCAGAGAGGUCCCCUGCAGGCGCCUUCACAGUGUGCACCAUGACAAGAUGAUAGACAAGCGCACUGUGACGGCUCUGAGUGGCACUCUCUUUCCGUGUGCGUGUUGAUGCUUUUUCCCUGGUGUGGCUGGCUGGCUGGCUGGCUGAUAUGUACAGUACACGUAUGGCCACUUGGGCUGGAUGGCUACAGGGUGAAGACUGGCUAGCUGGCUGAUGGACAGGUGUGGAUGUACGGUUACAGGGUGACAGACGGACU